AUGGGUUAUGAUCAGAAGAGAGGUAAAGGGGAGAAGGAAUGUUUAUGUUUCAGGAAAGAUGAAUCUAUGACUUUGUCAGAAAACGUAGUACAGUACGAUCUAGUGGCGCUGGAUGUACAGGUGGCAUUUGAUCUUGAUGAAGUUCUCAAGGCGUCGGCUUUCGUGCUUGGUAAGAGUGGCAUUGGAAUUGUUUACAAAGUUGUGCUCGAGGAUGGGCUUACCUUGGCUGUGAGAAGAUUGGGCGAAGGAGGUUCACAGAGGUUUAAGGAAUUCCAGACAGAAGUAGAAGCAAUUGGAAAGCUAAGACAUCCUAAUAUUGUGACUCUUACAGCCUAUUAUUGGUCAGUGGAUGAGAAGCUGUUGAUAUACGAUUUCAUACCAAAUGGGAACCUUGCUAUUGCAAUUCAUGGAAAGCCUGGAUUGGUAACUUUUAUGCCUCUUUCUUGGUCUAUGCGAGUGAACAUAAUGAAAGGAGUUGCCAAAGCCUUGGAUUGGUAA